AUGUCGCCUAGUUCGCCUGCUCAAACCCGGGAAUCCUCAGAGGUCACCGCACACUUCAGAGCUCGGUCGCCACGGCACGAAGAGACUGAUCAAAGCCCCAGCUUCCAGCAUGGCCUCCAAAUCUGUCUGGAUCAUUUCUUUGAACGGCAUUUUGCAAGCGACUUUUGUUCAUUUGACUACCGGCUAGACUUUGAGCACAAGUGUAGACAAGAUACCCUCCUCGCUUCAUCAGUUAUAGCGCUAUGUGGCAGGUACCUAGCGCAGCAGGAUGCGCAAGCUCUCUUCGGGCUUACUUCAGCACGUCAAGUCUCGCGAAAUUACUUACAGAAAGCCCGGUAUCUGGCCAAGGUGAAAUCGGACGAGCCAAGCGUUUCACAUAUCCAGGCCAAUCUCAUAGUCGCCAUGGCAGAGCUUCUCGCGAACUCUGGUGCGCGUCAGUGGCUUUUCUCAGGCACAGCCAUUCGAAUGGCUGAGAUCAUGAGACUCAACAAGGAGUUUCAUCAGAAACACACACCCCGAGACCAAGAGAUCCGAAGACGCACCUUUUGGGCAUGUCUUCUCUUCGACAGGGCACUAGCAUACCUGCUUGCUAAGCAUCGAACAAUUAAUCUCGACACCGUCUCUAUUGCUGUGCCUAGUGCUGAUGCGUCACUAGUCUACCAAGAGGAGACUAGAGGUGUGAGCUUAGACGAGCUGGCUACUCAGCGUAGACCGUCAGAUCUAGGUCUCACUCCGUACUUGAUCAAGGCCAUCUGCCUUUGGAGUGACCUAGCUGACUUCGUGGUCUACUCUCGUAGGCGUCUAGACUGGCACCCUCCGACUGACUCUCGAAGCACCCUCUUUAUCCAGCACGCGUCCCUGCGCUCCUGGGUCGACGAGCUACAUCCGAGUCUCCGUUGGAGUGCUGACAACUAUAAGAACCAAUGUGCCCUUGGUCAGAAGAGUCCCUUUGUGGCGAUGCAUUUCAUAUUGCGCUCAGCCUCGUGCGUCGCCCAUCAAUCCUAUCUGCCUCAACGGACGGCCUAUACUAUGCUUGUCGACAUUGUCGACGCUGCUGGUUGGUCAUAUUUUCACAGGGACGAAUCGCUCAUCAAGACUUGCGUGAACAGCGCUCUGCAGGUUGGGGAGAUGCUCUCAUAUUUGAUGGACGAUAUGGAGCAUGAGUCCUCAUUGCAAACCAUUUGGGUGGCCGCCUCAAUUCUUAUUGCUGCCAACACAUUUCUUUGGCUUCAAUACGCACGAGAUGAGACAUUUUCAGACGAGAAUAUGGUGAAGGAAGCCAAUCAUUACUUCAACCUCGUCCGUCAGGUCAUGACAUGCUGGGUUUCUGAGUGGAAAGCCGCGAGGCAGUGGCUUGGCGCCCUUGACAUCAUGCAUGACCUGUAUAAAGCAGCUUACCUCGGCGAGGUAAGUGAGAAUAUUCUUGUCGGGCGAGACAGCGGCAGCGUAGCCGCAAAUUCGCCCGAUUCUGAAAAUGAAGACGAGGAGGACGCGGCCAACGAUUUUCGGCCACAGCCUGGCGAUGGGUAUCCGUCGCUCAUCUCCCUGCCGAACCUGCAGGCUUCAGUAAAAUUCGCCACGGGGGAUACGUCUGCAAAGUCAAUAAGCGUACCAUCGAUAUGGCUACAACUGUCAGGUGGUUGGCCGCACGGAUAUAUGGGAGCGGAGAGCCUUCUCGAAGCGGCUGGGGAGAUCGAUAUAUAA